AUGUUCUCGUCGAUGCUGCGCCGUCCUAAGAACGGUUCUCGUCGCGUCGACGUACGCGACGGCCGGCCGUCCCCCUCUACUCCUGCUCCUGCUACCUCCACUCCUCGCGCCCCAGCUACCGAUGGCCUCUCACCCGUCGUCGCUGGCUUCUCAUCACCUGCUGCUCUCCUCUCCCCCGCUGUCCGCUUAUCGCCUCCUCGACCUCGACGCCUGUUCGUCCGACGCACACAUGCCACGGCCGACUUCACCGAGGCCGACGACGACGACGACGACGACGAAGACUCGGACGCGGAGCCUGUCCAUCGAUUCGACCACGCCGGGCCUCCGGACGCGCCAGAUGAGGACGCCGACGACGAUGCUGACGAGGAUGGCGGUCGAAAGGCCCUUCCCCUCCUUCCGCUCUUCUCCGCCUCCCACCUUGACUCGCUACCCGUAUACGGCAUCACUCACGCCAUCCGCAUCAUCGUCUCGGCCCGCACCGACACGACCCUGACCUGGGAGCAGCUGCGGUCGCCUCAGAUCUCCCAGUUCCUCGUCAAGCCGAUGCAGCAGCAGAUCCGCUCCCAGCACUUCUCCCGUGCCACCCUCUACGCGCUCAUGGCCAACUGCCUCCAGUUCGCCAAGGAGGGCCAACGGUAUGCUGCCAACACGGGCAACAGCAACACGAGAGCCAAGGUCUGCGAGCUUCUUGCCCUCAAGCUCCUCAAGGAAUACUCCACCCGGGAGCUCAUCGAUGCCCUCGCCUACGACUUCUAUCCUCUUCAAGGCCUCCCGGGAGCCCACGCGCACGCCUCCCCCCAGAGCGCCAAGGCCAAGCAGGCCUUGACGGCUUCGAGGACGUCGACGCUCGAGGUCGCCAUUCGCGCAUCUGCCAAGCAUUUUCUCGCACAUCCCGUCGUCGUUCAGCAGCUCGAGGCCAUCUGGAACGGCGCCAUCACCUUUUACUCAUCGGCCGAUAGCCUGCACCGCGACGCCCCGACGAGCUCCCUCCACCCCGUCGAGGAGCUCUCUGCCAAAGCCAACGACCGGACGCCGCUGCUCCAGCCGAGCCAAGGAAAGCUCCACGUCCCGCCCGGCAGACGAUUCGUCAUGCUCUAUGACCCCCGCCAGGCGUCCGUCCUUAAGCUCUCGCGGCUUCGCGUUCCAAGAUACCGCUCCUUCCUCUCGACUCUCUCCCUCGCCGUCCUCAUCGGCCUCUUCCUCGCCGUCCUGGCUCAGAGGUCCGUCCAAAUCACCGGACUCGAGCUCGUCUUUUGGUUCUGGAGCGCCGGUUUCAUGCUCGACGAGCUCGUCGGCUUCAACGAGCAAGGCUUUGCCCUCUACAUCAUGAGCUUCUGGAACAUUUUCGACCUCGGGAUCCUCGUCCUCCUCAUCGUCUACUACUGCAUGCGUGCCUACGGCGUAUUCCUUGUCGACCCCCAUCACUGGAACGACAUGGCCUACGACGUCCUCGCCGCCAACGCCAUCCUCCUUCUACCCCGCAUCUUCAGCAUACUCGACCACUACCAGUACUUUUCCCAGCUCCUCAUCGCCUUCCGUCUCAUGGCCGUCGAUCUCGCCGCCGUCUUCGUCCUCGUCCUCAUCAUGUGCAGCGGCUUCUACGUCUUCUUCACCUUGUCGGCGAGCGCAAACGAAAGCGGCGACGUCGCCUACAAGAUUUUCCAGAUCCUCAUGGGCUUCACCCCGGCUGCCUGGGAUGUGUGGCCUCACUACAACUGGCUUGCGAGGAUUUUGAUGAUGAUGUUCCUCAUCAUCUGCCACUUCUUGGUCGUGACCAUCCUCAUCACCGUCUUGACAAACUCCUUUACAGCAAUCGCAUCCAAUGCCACGGAGGAGCACCAGUUCGUCUUUGCCAUCAAUACCAUCGCCAUGGUGAAGAAUGAUGCCUUGUUUUCGUACGUCGCGCCGAGCAACAUCUUCGCCUGGGUUCUCAUGCCCGCGCGGUAUUGCAUGUCGCUCCAGCGAUUCGUCUCGCUGAACCGGACCAUCAUCAAGGUCACCCACUUCCCCGUCCUAUUCUUCAUCUACUUGUACGAGAGGUUUUGGCUGGCCCCAUCAGUAUACGAGCCGACGGACCUGGUCGAGAACCAGGGCAGAAGUCGGCACCGGGCCAUUUCGUUCCGCGACCCGGUCGAGAGAAGCGCCAUGUUCAGCCCGACCGUUCGCGUGCGCGAGGAGUCGCUCUCGGGCUUCCAGAAGGAUCGUGCGCUCGAGGAAGUCUUCCGUCGAGUGCCCGAGUCGGCGACGUUGCGGACGCGGAGGAGGAACGAGAGGCGCAAAACGCAAACGGCGAUUCGCAACUGGAUGGACCAGAACGACGACGAAGGGAUCACGCUCUCGAACUGGCCCACGCUGGACAGCCGAGCGGUGCCCGACUGGCAGAGGCGGUUGAGCACCGGCUGGGAGCGGUCGUCGCACCGCCAGAUUUCCGACGUCAGAUCGACGGCGAGCGACCCGGCCGACUUCGUCUCGAACCCAGGCGGCGGCUCGUUUCCGCGUGCGCACAGGUCUCGCCUCGACGCUGUGACGCCCGACUACAAGGACCAAACGGAUGCCGACGGCGAUGACGAGCUCGUCACCAACGACGAGGACGACGAAGAUGCCGGCACCAACUUGGGCCGCAGCAAUCAGUACGACAGGUUGGGCGUCGCCGACGAGGACUACUUCACAACCCCCGUCGCCGCCCGCUCGGCGAAGCUGCCUUCUUCCCACGGUUCAUCUGCGAAGGGUAUCACAGGCCGCAGCCCCCAUCGAGGCAGCCUCCGACGGGGCAUGCACGCCCGUACGAUGUCGACGAACACGAUCCUGUACAACCCCGAGGAGCUCCCGCCGACAGCGCGUCUUCCUAGGUCACCGCCGAGGACGGCGCCGAGCAGGAAGGUGGAGGCGAUCGGCCGAGGCGUUGGUGCGAGCUCGCCGCCGCAGAAGGCAGGGCGACGCAGCUCACCCAGACGAUCGGCGUACAUGCCUGACACCCACCCGCGUCCCAUCCUCGCGCCUCGGGGCCUCGCUCAGUCCGGCGGUGUCAGCCGAACGGCGAUGCUCAGCCUCGACCCGCGGGACCGACUGCGCCAGGCCAGAAGGCUCUCAUCCCUGGAUCUGAGCCUUCUCUCGGACAACUUCCCUGCGGACGACCCUCACGCGGCGAUGGUGGGAAGCUUCCAGACGCAGAUGGCCAUGGCAAUGAUGAAGGAUAACCGGCUCCGCGGCGGCGGUGGCGACACGGCCGACCGUGAUCGAAUGGGGAGGCUGGUCCUCGCGCGCAUGAAGACACUUGAGGAGAGCUUCGCGGAUGUUAUCAAGGAGAUGCGCGAUCUCAAGAACGUCUCGACGGGGCCGACCUCGAGGCGCGACUCGUCAUCGGCUGAGGAGGAAGCGCAGGCGCCGGGUGUGACAGUGCGGGCCGAGGGAAGCGACGGCGACGGCGACGGACCGGCAAAUAGGGUCAAAGGCACGGCGACGCCGAGGAAGGGUGCGAAUGCAAGACCCGUCAGCCGACGAAGCAUGAAGGAAAGCAAGGCCGGCCCGGCACCAAAGCGGGAUGUAAAGGGGAAGGGAAAAGAGAUUGCCCGCUCGAUCACGGACGACGAAGCAGAGGCGUCCGAGGGCUCCCCGCUGAGGGGACGGGGAGGCUCGAUGUGA